UGAAAUGGAGAGAGAGGGGAGUGAUCUAUCGGGCAGGAGAGACUGACUGUGCGCAGCUUCCCUGCUCCCCUCACUAAACCAUGCGGAGACUGUCGGAUAUAAGUCUGCACCUGAGCCAACUGAAGUAUCUGACUCCUGCGCCCUCCGAAGACCAGCAGUGCUCCCGAUCCUUUAUGGAUGUCAAGGCUGCUUCCAACGGGGUCUCCAGCAUCGAGGACCGGAUCUUGCGGAUCACGGGAUAUUAUGGUUAUUACCCGGGAUAUUCGAGUCAUCAAAGAGAUGACGUUUCGGAGAAUCGGAUCGAAAAUCUGGACCAGGAUAAUGGCACCAGGACGCGUUGUCAAUCUUGCACCGCUAUGUUCUUCAAGAUUUUCUGGGGGUUUCUGGUUGUUCUUUCUGUGUCCUCCUCCUGGGUUGGUACCACACAGAUUGUCAAAGUCACAUACAAGAACUUCCAUUGUCCUUUGUUUAUGACUUGGUUCUCUACAAAUUGGAACAUAAUGUUUUUUCCUGUGUACUACUCGGGACACCUUGCAACAGCACAAGAGAGACGGACAAUAAUUAAGAAAAUUAGAGAGUGCAGCAGAAUAUUUGGUGACGAGGGACUGACUUUGAGACUCUUCCUGAAAAGAACAGCCCCGUUUUCUAUCCUCUGGACAUUAACUAAUUACCUCUAUUUACUCGCUCUGAGGAAAUUAACAGCCACAGAUGUUUCUGCUCUCUUUUGUUGCAACAAAGCAUUUGUCUUCCUCUUGUCUUGGAUUGUGCUCAAAGACAAGUUCAUGGGAGUUCGAAUUGUUGCUGCAAUCAUGGCAAUUACUGGGAUUGUAAUGAUGGCGUAUGCAGAUGGUUUCCAUGGUGAUUCAAUCUUGGGCGUGGCGUUGGCUGUUGGAUCUGCCUCGACAUCAGCAUUGUACAAGGUCCUAUUUAAAAUGUUUCUUGGAAGUGCAAAUUUCGGUGAAGCUGCCUAUUUUAUUUCCAUCCUGGGCAUCUUCAACUUAAUUUUUAUAUCCUCAGUACCGGUGAUAUUGUACUUUACGAAAGUGGAGUACUGGUCCUCAUUUUCUGCUUUACCUUGGGGUUACCUUUGUGGAAUCGCGGUGCUUUGGUUAGCUUUCAAUAUACUUGUAAACCUUGGUGUUGUCUUAACAUAUCCCAUACUCAUAUCCAUUGGGACUGUUCUGAGUAUCCCUGGAAAUGCAGCUGUUGACCUUCUGAAACAUGAGGUUAUAUUUAGCAUGGUGAGGUUGGCUGCCACAACCAUUAUAUGCAUUGGCUUCCUAUUGAUGCUGCUACCAGAAGAAUGGGAUGAAAUAACUUUAAAGUUUAUCAACAGAUUAAAAGAGAAGAAAAACGAGGAACAAACAGAAGAUGUCACAGAGUCCACUGUCCACACUCGGACUAGAAGCAGAGCAAAUGGUACAGUUUCAAUACCUUUGGCUUAAAGGCAGUCACGUUUUUAAAUGCACGGGAAUGUAUAUUCUGUGAAUAUAAUUUAGUUUUGUGUAACACAGUAUGCUAUCAUGACAUUACUUUUUGAAGCAAAGACCUACUGUAUACAAUAUAAAUGUGAUACAGUUACAAUAUAAAGAAUAUAUUAUUGCAAUUUAAUCUUUAUAAAGUUAUAUGGAAAUGGAUGUUAAUGUCUAAUAAAUUUUUGUAUUGAAAGU